CGGUAGUAGUGCACUCUGCCUCGGGUGUCAGUGCAUAUGUGUUCUUUGUGGCGAACUCGACGAAAACCUCAAAUUUAAUGUGUUCGCAUCGUGGAUAGAGUGUGUGGGUGGAGAGGAUCUGUCGGAGCUUCCUCCAGGAUGCGUGAAGGGAUGAGCGAUAAAGGAGAUCUCGGGGAGAUCUGUUUGGAAUGAGGCAGAUCGCAACACCUCCUCUGAUGCGGCCUCACGAAGAGCCUUCGGGCCCCCGUCGGGGUCCCGCGAGGCAGCACAAAGGACGUCGAUUGAAGCGAUACGAGGUUUUCCCUGGGAGGAAUAAGUUCUAUUGUGAUGGUCGUAUCAUAAUGGCCAAGCAAGCGCAUGUGUUCAUCCUGACCUGCGUUCUGAUUAUCGGGACUUGUACGCUCUUUUUCGUCUUUGACUGUCCUUACCUUUUCGAGAAUAUUGGCCGAUGGAUCCCAGCCGCAGCGGGAGCGCUUUUAAUAUUCGUUAUGCUUUCGCUGUUCCGCACCUCGUUCUCCGAUCCCGGAAUCAUACCGAGAGCGACCGCCGAGGAAGCAGCUCAUAUUGAGAAACAAAUCGAAGUGCCAAAUGGUCAGACUGGAACUCCGCUUCGGCCACCGCCGCGUACAAAAGAAGUCACCAUUCACGGAGAGACUGUCAAGCUCAAAUACUGCUUCACCUGUAAAAUAUUUCGACCUCCUAGAGCCUCCCACUGCAGCCUCUGUGACAACUGUGUUGAUCGUUUCGACCACCAUUGCCCAUGGGUCGGCAAUUGCGUAGGACGGCGGAACUAUCGAUAUUUUUUCACAUUCAUCAUUUCGUUGGCGGCUUUGUGCAUAUUCAUUUUCUCGUGUGUAGUCACAAGACUCAUUUACGAAUCUCGACGGAACGAAUCGCUGCCCGAUACUCUCAGAGAGAACCCGGCUUCGUGUGUCGAGCUCAUCAUUUGUUUCUUUUCGAUUUGGAGUAUACUGGGCUUGGCCGCUUUUCAUACGUAUCUCACCACGGCGAACCAGACCACGAACGAAGAUAUCAAAGGCAUGUUUUCGUCACGACGCGGUCAACACGUCCGGAACCCAUAUAGUUUAGGCUCGUGUUGGGCUAAUUGUGGCGCAGUUUUAUGUGCACCUAUUCCGCCUUCGCUCAUCGAGCGCAGAAGUUUCGUUGAUAGCGGGACGAAAAUCACAGCCAUACGGCCAUUCAGCACCGUAAGCUCGAAGAAUGGCUCCCAGCACAGUUUGGUCUCGCAGCAGGUUGCGGCUGGCGGGAUUCCUUUGAGUCAACUGGAUCGAGUGGAACGUAUGGUAGGUGGAGAUGGCCGUGGCUCGAACGGAGGAGGCCAGGGAUCGCAUAGAGCCAUAUCCGCACCACCCGCAACAUGGAAUCCUCACCUUUCACAACCACUGAGGCAGUUCCAUCAUGAGAACCGAGCAGGCACUUUGCCACAAAACUUACAAGGACGUAGCUCUGGACACAACCCAGUUCCAGUGGCUGUGGUUCCCCCGCACCGAACCCACGGAGGCAGUUAUCUGCAAGGCUCCAAUCCGCAGGGAAUAUUCAGAGCCACACCGCACAUUGAGGGCUGUCCUGUGAAUCAAGCUAACCACGCGAAAAUCACGCAGGCCCGUGUUCUGUCCGCGUCGGAUUAUCCCGCUUCUAUUCUCAAACAGUCGUCAGUCUGA